CCGCCGUGGCCGCGCCGGUGCAUCCCGAGGGCUUGCCUGGCUCCACAAGAAUACGCUGGGAAGCAGCCAGAAGAAUUACCUAAAACCUCGGGAAUUUCUCCCAAAAAGGACAGAGGGAAGCCUGUGUCCACGUAGCUCCUUACUCCUCCCUCGCUGGGUCUUGCUGCCCGGGGAGUGAAGGGCUUGGCAGCCCCGGGCUCACGCUGCGAAGAGCCCUGCAGCCGGCGUGGGCCGGGCUGGAGCCGUCUAGCCAUGGGCUCGCUCCGGCUCCUGGCGCUGCUGCUGGCGCUGCUGCCCGGCGCGGGCGGUGAGUGCGGGCCCCCGCCCCCGGUGCGCGGCGCCCGCCCCGCCGACCCCGCCACCAGCUUCCCCGAGGGCGCGUCCGUGACCUACGAGUGCCUGGCCGGGCUGCACAAGCUGCCCGGCAUGGUGCAGACGCGGCUGUGCCUGCGCGGCUCCACCUGGUCCCCGCUGGAGCCCUUCUGCGACCGAAGCUGUAGCAGCCCAGCGAGGGCCAGGUUUGCUCAGCUGUCAGAGGAGGACGAGAGAAAGAGCUUCUACCCUGUUGGGAGCACCGUGCGUUAUAUCUGUCGCCCCGGGUAUGAGAAUGUCACUGCAACGCAGCCAACCAGUACUUGUCUUGAAAAUGUAACCUGGUCAGAUAUCCCCGAGUUGUGUAAAAGGAAAUCUUGCGGUGCUCCAAAAGGACCAGAACAUGGCAGAGCUGCUGUUAUAACAGACUUUCUCUUUGGUGCCAGGAUGAACAUAAUUUGUGACCCAGGGUACCAGUUAAUCGGGCGGCCGUCCAUCAGUUGUCGGUUGAAAGGAAAUCAAGUUGCGUGGAGUGAUCUUCCAACCUGCCAAAUCAUGGCAACACAACCUGCUACUCCCACAAGUGACCCCCCGGGACGAGCAGACGUGGGUGUUAAUUCCACAGCAGUCAUGGCAACACAACCUGCUACUCCCACGAGUGACCCCCCAGGACGAGCAGACGUGGGUGUUAAUUCCACAGCAGUCAUGACAACACGACCUGCUACUCCCACGAGUGACCCCCCAGGACGAGCAGACGUGGGUGUUAUUUCCACAGGUAGUUGUGGUGCCCCAACAAGUUUAAAGUUUGCUGCUUUAAGUAAGGAAGAUGAGAAGCAAAAUUUUUAUCCCGUUGGGAUUGUUGUGAGAUACACUUGUCGCCCAGGGUUUGAGAACAUCACUGAAACCCCGCCUGUCAGGACAUGCCUUGAAAAUUUAACAUGGUCAGAAGUUCCUGAAUUAUGCAGAAGGAAAUCAUGUGGUCCUCCAAGGGAACUACCCAAUGGCAGAGCUGUUGUUAAAACAGAUUAUUUGUUUGGUGCAAAAGUAAACCUCCUCUGCAAGGAUGGGUAUGAAUUAGUUGGGCAGUCGUUUAUCAACUGUACGUUAAAGGGAGACCAAGUUGAGUGGAGCAAACUUCCAGUUUGCCAGUUGAAAAGUGCACCUGUUGGAAACGGAUCAAAGGCAAAACUAAAUUCAGAUACCUUUCAUGGAUCUAAGAAGCAUGCUGGAACUGAUAUAAAACACUGGUAUUAUAAGAAGCAAUUCCACACCCCAUGGAAGCCAUCCUACCCUGCUUUCUUAGGCCCCAGAAGCAGCCCGAGGAACAGAGUGUUCGGUAGCUGCGUUAGCCCAUCGCCACGUCGGUUUGUUGUGCCGUUGUACACGAAUCGGAUUGACUAUCCUGCUGGAAGCAGUCAUACCUCUCGCUGCCACCACAGUUAUAUGGGAAUUUCUGGAAUGUUGCCCAGUGCCACUUGCUUUCAAAAUACAAGGUGGUCCAAAGUCCCAAAGCUUUGUGGAAAGAGAUCGUGGUCAUCCAGGGGAACCAAAGCAUGGCAGAGCUGCUGUUAUAACCGCUUUCCGAUUCCGUGCAAGAGUACAUAUUACCCAUGAAGAGGGAUGAAUGCUGUACUCUGCUGAGAGAAUUCAAGCUACUGGCUGACUCUGGAAAUCGUAAGCAUCAAAGAUAAUUCAUUAAAAAACUCAAGGCUUUUGCUAUAGAUCUGGAGGCCUGAUGAGGAAUGCCCCUUAAACCAAACUUUCAAACUGAAUUUGAUCAAAGAUGUGCCAUGAUCUUAACCUUCCACAUUUCAGAAGAGAGCAACCAGUUGCAUCUCCUAGGUUUCAAUUGGGCUUUGGAUUUUGUAUCCAGAGAAGCCCUGGUUCACUUAAAUCUUGGCUGGAUUGUGCCUAGAAUUUAGGAUGUAUAAAGAAGCAAGAAGUCUUAAAAUGGAUGCAAGGAAGCAUACAUUUUGCACGAAAUGCCAAGCAAACAGAACAAAUAUUUACCCAACACAACUUUUGUGAUUCACUUGAAUAGUAAAUGUUUGUUCAUCUCCAUCCUGACCUUUCCUGUCCCUCCAGCUUCUGAUCUGGCUCAUGGGAUGCAGCAGACCUAUGGAGAGCUUUUGCCUGUAGCUUUGCGACAAUUUAGCUGAGACUGUGGCUUCUCUGUCAUUGAAGGGCAGCAGCAUACGGUACAACGAAAGAGAAAACAGAUGAAGUUAGAAGUCACCCUGGAAAAACCUGCCUGGCUCCAAUGAUAAAUGGUUUGGGAGUCAGAUCCCAGUCGCUUCAUCCAUUCUGUAGUUUUCCUUUCAAUUCCUCAUGAAUUGCUUGUGUAUGUAAGGCAGCAAGUGGUGUUCCUAGAGGCAUAGGUCAUCCAUAAAGUCCAUUAGUUAACCAAUAUCCAUGAAGUUUUUAUUUAACAGCUUAUUUUUUUCUUUUAUAGUUACCUAGAAUAGCUAUUAUCAUUAUAGUCAGCAAUAAAACUAUUUAUUAAGAUGUUUAGGGGCUUUUUAAUACUAGAAAAAGUGAAUUGGAAAAACGGCAAGGCGUUUACAUCAAAUGUUUGUCUCUAACCAGCUGCAGAAACCCAGUGUAGAAUAAAUUCUGCAAUUUCUUAGUUGGCCUAAUAAAAGGUCUCAUCUCUGAACCAAGAGGUAUAGAGUUUUGCGGUUCUUUCAGCGUAGAAUAAAUUAAUUUCUCUGACCAAACAUUUAUUUGCCCAGCACUGCCACCUACAGGUCUCUCUUUUCAGAGAGACAGAGUCUUACUUGAUCUGUCAACUGGGUUUUGAUUAUUUUUUUCCUUGGGGGGGGGGGGGGGGUGCAGAUUUAUUUCUUAUUAAAGGGAUAUAAUCAACUAGACAUCUGAUCUCUGUGUAUAUAAAAAGUAAAAUAGUCUUAGCUACAGCAACUGUUCUAGCAUCCCCCUUCCAAUGUUUGUGAGUUGUUUCCAAUCUGAUUGAACUCUGAGUUUUUCCCCCUUAAGUGUAAGUGUUUCUCUCUCUUUCUGUAAGCUGAAAACCAUACAACGCGAACACUAAAUAUAUAUAGAGUAAAUGGAUAAGGUCACAAAUUGUGUACUUUCUCCUUUAUGUAAAAUAUCUUUAAAGGUCAUAUGGAAAAGAAAUGGCAUUUAAAAAACGUUGCUACUGCUUUAAUCUUAAUAAAGUCCCUUUAAAUUUUU